AUGUCGUCGUCUUCGAGACCGUCGUCCGAUUUGUCGGCCUUUCGGGAAGUGUUGAACAAAAGCCGACACAUCGUUGCUCUGACCGGAGCCGGCAUUAGCGCCGAGAGCGGUGUCCCGACCUUCAGGGGCUCCGGAGGUCUGUGGCGUACGUAUAAGGCCCAGGAGUUGGCCACUCCCGACGCCUUCGCCGCCAAUCCAUCGCUCGUUUGGGAGUUUUAUUCCUACCGACGAGAGUUGGUUCACACAAAGCAUCCCAACGACGCCCACAAAGCGCUGGCGGAGACCGAGAAACGUCUGGCCAAUGAAGGCAAACGGCUGGUUGUCAUCACUCAGAACAUCGACGAAUUGCAUCGAAGGGCUGGAAGUGAUAAUGUGAUCGAAUUGCACGGAACUCUCUUUAAGACUCAGUGCACGAAAUGCGGUGACAUUGCCGUCAAUAAGGAGUCACCGAUAGUGCCGGCACUCAAAGGCAAAGGCAGUCCCGACCCCUCGGAAAUGGACUCAAAGAUUGCGAUCAAAGAGUUACCGCAUUGUGUCAAAUGUCACGGACUUCUCAGACCGCAUGUGGUCUGGUUUGGCGAACCCCUCGACCCGAGU